AUGAGCAGUCCCGGAGCCGACGAGAUCGGAGCAACGAGCAUCUCACGGCGAGUUUGGAACAUGGGGGCGCUUGGUGUGCUACGCAAGCUAUGGCAAAUCUACGCCGAGACUGUACUGCCACUGGAGCAAAAGUCGUUUUACGAGCACUUUUGUGCCCCACCCAUUUCGUUGGAAGAGUUCGAAGCACGCCCUCAGGUGCUUCUUCUUGGCCAAUACAGCACCGGCAAAACAUCCAUGGUGAAGUGGCUGACCGAGUCCGAAAGCAACUACUUUGACGUGCGGCCGCAGCCCAGCACCGAUAAGUUUAUGGCAGUGGUCCACGGCGAUGAGGAAGGUAUUAUCCACGGCAACGCUGCUGCCUGCCUUCCCCAGCUACCUUACCAGGGCUUGUCCAAAUUCGGCACGGACUUCCUUGGCAGCUUCCAGGCCCUCGUGCUCCCGUCGGAGAUCCUGCGGGAUAUCACCUUCAUUGACACUCCUGGAGUUCUGUCUGGCAGCAAGCAGCGCAUCGGUCGGGACUACGACUUUGCGAAGAUCAGUGCCUGGAUGGCAGACCGAGCCGACCUGGUGCUCCUCACGUUCGACGCCCACAAGCUGGACAUCUCCGACGAAUUUCAGCAAGUCAUGGAGGUCUUGCGGCCCCAUGCCGGCAAGGUGCGAUGCGUGCUCAACAAGGCGGACCAGAUCGAUGCAUCCAAUCUGGUCAGGGUCUACGGGGCCCUCCUGUGGAAUGUUGGGAAGGUGUUUCAGACACCCGAAGUCGCGCGUGUCUUUGUCAGUUCCUUCUGGAACGAGCCGUACCGUUUCCAGGAUCACGUGACCCUCUUUGAGGAGGACAAGGCUGCAGUGGUGAAGGAGCUGCAGUCGCUUCCGCACACAGCAUUGUUGCGGAAGAUCAACAACCUGACAGCCCGUGUGCGAAGAGUCAGAACUCACGUCAUCGUUGUCGGGUACCUGCGUUCGAGGACAUUGCUUUCGGGAUGGAGUGAUGAAUGCAUUCCACAGGCCAGAGAUGGAGAGAGAGAGAGAGAGAGUAGCCAUUUUGGCUCAAGGCGUGAGUGCCCAAGCCUCGAGCCCGGGGGAGAGCGUGAGGGGGGAGAGGCUCCAAACCCGGCCGAUCCUCUGAGAGAGCGUGUGCCUUUGCUUAGGGGAGGGGCCAUCGUCCUGACCGGCAAGAACGCUCCCACUACUUGUCUUCCGCGUCGAGGUCCGCCGGGGGGACAUAGUCGAGAACAAUCCAGGAGGGGUUCGGCGGCCCUACUUCUGCACUUCGUCGCCGGAGGGAUUCGGGGCUACCUCAAGGGGAGACACAGAACCUAG